AUGUUCUCUCCACGCAUUCUCGUCGCCAUCGUUGCCUUCGCUUCCGCCACUCUCGCCGCUGAAAACUCCACCUGCUGGACCGGAAACAUUGGCGACCCCUGCUACGGCCACCAGAACGGUUGUGCCCUCACUGGAGCAAUGCUCAUCUGCGCUCAAGAGUCCACCGGCAUCGACGAGAUGAUCUUCUACGAUGCUUGCUACCCUCCUCACGUCAAGGCGCGCAGCGAGAACGGCCACGGCACUUGCCGCUGCCUCCCUGAUGGCGAGUCCGAUUGUGCCACAGAGUAG